CUGCGCUCUCACUGUACAAAACGAAUGCAUUUAAUAUUAAUGAACUCGUGUAUUGGCUCUUACCCGUGUCAAUCCUAAAGUGCUUCUUCGCUAGGUUGGCUGACCCCUUGUAUAUUAUUACUGAGGACCAGGCUAAAAGUAAAAAUGUUGCGGAUCCUCGGCACUGGGACAGGCUGAAUGGAGUCAACGUUGAGCGCAAAUAAAAUCAUUCUACAUUCACCCGGAGCGCACAAAAUAUUGUUUUACAAAAAUACGGGUAUGGUGUAGUUCUCCGUAGACGUCCCGACCCUCAGCCUCCACAUGCCUCCAUCUCCCCUUGACGACAGAAUUGUGGUGGCGCUGCCAAGGCCGAUCCGACCUCAGGAACUCCGACUGCGCCUGGACACCAGCUACCUGGACACCAGCUACCUGGACACUACUGUCACCAGCCCUGUCAGCAAGACGACUGUCAUCAGCACAACGGUGGUGAAGAUCCGGGCGACCAACCUCACUUAUAUGCCCUCAUCUAACGGCUCCACGCGCUCCCUGUCGUGUGGAUGCACCAGUGCCAGCUGCUGCUCGGUCACCACCUACGAGAAGGACAGCCAGCACAACCAGCGCCAGCAGCAGAGCCACGUCAGCCAGGUGAGCGCCAGCAGCCCCAACCUCAGCUAUGCUGGACCCGCCUCCUCCAACCCCAUAGUCACGGGCAUGGGCAUGAUACACCAUGAGGCCUUCAGUGACCCUAGUCUCACCUCUGGCCCAACCAAGGCUCUAGGGUCCACUGUCCGGGUCAUCCACCCCAAUGAGCUGGCCAAGCGGAUGGCCAGGUGCCCCAUGGGCCACCCGGUCGGGCCGGUGCCGGUCAUCAUCGACUGCCGGCCCUUCAUGGACUACAACAAGAGCCACAUCCAGGGUGCAGUGCACAUCAACUGUUCGGACAAGAUCAGCCGGCGACGGCUGCAGCAGGGCAAGAUCACCGUGCUGGACCUGCUCUCGUGCCGUGAGUCCUCUGGCAAGGACUCCUUUAAGGGCAUCUUCUCCAAAGAGAUUGUGGUGUACGACGAGAGUACAAUGGAUCCCCAGAGGGUGACCUCCUCACAGCCCCUUCAUGUGGUCCUGGAUUCGCUGAAGAGGGAGGGAAAGGACCCCAUUGUUCUCAAAGGGGGCCUCAGCUGCUUCAGACAGAACCACCAGAACCUGUGUGACCACUCCCUCCACCUCCACGAGAGCCUGGACGCCGGCAUAGGCGUCAGCGGGGCCUCCGGCCACACGGGGGCACUACCUCACUCCAUGUCCCUGCCCUCCACGCCGGACAUCGAGGACGCCGAGCUGACGCCCAUCCUGCCCUUCCUGUACCUGGGCAACGAGCACGACGCGCAGGAUGCCCACAGGCUACAGCGCUACAACAUCGGCUUUGUGCUCAACGUCACCACCCACCUGCCGCUCUACCACUAUGACACAGGCCUGUUCAGCUACAAGCGGCUGCCAGCCACCGACAGCAACAAGCAGAACUUGAGGCAGUACUUUGAGGAGGCGUUUGAAUUCAUCGAGGAAGCACGGCAAGCGGACAUGGGCCUCUUGAUCCACUGCCAGGCAGGCGUGUCUCGCUCGGCCACCAUCGUCAUUGCCUACCUGAUGAAGCACACCUGGAUGACCAUGACUGACGCUUACAAGUUUGUCAAGACCCGGCGGCCCAUCAUCUCCCCCAACCUCAACUUCAUGGGCCAACUGCUGGAGUUCGAGGAGGACCUGAACAAUGGCAUCACACCACGCAUCCUCAUGCCAAAGCUCAUCGGUGUGGAGACCAUGGUUUAGGGUGACACCUGCCAUUCCUGGUUUAGGAGGACAUCCCACUCACUCUACGGGCUACUCUUGACAGGCUGAUUCUGAGAGCAAAAUCACUUUAUUUCAGAAUCUCCUAGUCAUGCUCUUCUGGGACUGUCACAGGAGUGCCAAGGUUCUGGGUCAACGGCAAUGAGAAACACCCCAGAAUACCUGCUGUUCCGAACUGGCUGGCUUCCUGGAGGAACAAGAGUGUUGGGGAGAGAAAACGGUCAGUGGGAAGCUGUCGUGCAUGACCAUGGAGGAGCAAAAACAUGUAAGGAAAGGAAAAUAGAUGAACUAUUUCUGAAGAAAAAAAAGAAGCAUGUACUGUGGGGACUUAGCAGGUUAGCAGUGAGAGAAACUGACUCUUCAGACUCACACUGUGCUGUGGCUCACGGUUAUUGUUGCAGGCAGGCUGGGGCCGAGCUGGCCGAGGCGGUGCCUGUCAGAAAAGAUGAAGACUUGUUUGGUGUGUUAAUGUUCUUGUUCUAUUUUUAUAGAGGGGUUUAUGGGGGUGACCAUGACAAGCCCAAAGUGGCUUACUGUGCAAUAAUGUCUGAGUGGAAUGGGGCUGGGAGCCUGAUCUUAUGUGUAUAUAUGGGUAUUCGAUGACGAUAAAACAUUUCCAUUUCGCCACUGAUUUGACAUGAAGUAACCUUUUUUGAAUUAAUUGUUGUUAUCGAUUCUGUAUUUUUUUUACGCAUACCAUUGAGCUGUUACACUAUAUAUAUAUAAAAGUAUUUGGACACCGCUUCAAAUGACUGGUUUUCAGCUAUAUCAGUCACACCCGUUGCUGACAGGUGUAUACAAAGGAGCACACAGCCAUGGAAUCUCCAUAGCCUAACAUUGGCAGUAGAAUUACCUUACUGAAGAGCUUAGUUGCGUUCAACGUGGCCCUGUCAUAGGAUGCCAGCUUUCAAACAAGUCAGUUCUUCAAAUUUCUGUGGGCGGCAGGUAGCCUAGUGGUUAGAGUGUUGGGCCAGUAACCAUAAGGUUGCUAAAUCGAAUCCCCAAGCUGACAAGGUAAAAAUCAGUUGUUCUACCCCUGAACAAGGCAGUUAACCCACUGUUCCUAGUCCGUCAUUGUAAAUAAGAAUUUGUUCUUAACUGACUUGCCAAGUUAAAUAAAAAGUGCUGUUAUUUUUAAGUAGAAAUGUCUAGGAGCAACUACGGUUCAGCCGCGAAGUGGUAGGCCACACAAACUCCCAGAACGGGACAGCGUAGUGCGAAGAAAUAGACUGUCCUCGGAUGCAACACUUGAGUUCCAAAAUGCCACUGGAAGCAAUGUCCGCACAAUAACUGUUCAUCGGGAGCUUCAUGAAAUGAGUUUCCAUGGCUGUGAAGCUGCACGCAAGCCUAAGAUCACCAUGCACAAUACCUAGCUUCGGCUGGAGUGUUGUAAAGCUCACCACCUUUGGACUCUGGAUCAGUGGAAAUGCAUUCUCUGGAGUGAUGAAUGCCGCUUCACCAUCUGGCAGUCCGACGGACUAAUCUGCGUUUGGCGGAUGUCAGGAGAACGCUACAUGCCCCAAUGCAUAGUGCCAACUGUAAAGUUUGAUGGAGGAGGAAUAAUGGUCUGGUGCUGUUUUUCAUGGUUCAGGCUAGACCCCUUAGUUCCAGUGAAUGGAAAUCUUAAGGCUGCAGCAUACAAUGACAUUUUAGACGAUUCUGUGCUUCCAAAUUUGUGGCAACAGUUUGGGGAAGGCCCUUUCCUGUUUCAGCAUGACAAUGCCCGUGUGCACAAAGCAAGGUCCAUACAGAAAUGGUUUGUCGAGAACGGUGUGGAAGAACUUGACUGGCCUGCACAGAGCCCUGACCUCAGACCCAUCAAAAACCUUUUGGAUGAAUUGGAAUGCAGACUGCGAGCCAGGCUUAAUCGCCAAACAUCAGUGCCCGACCUCACUAAUACUCUUGUGGCCAACUGGAAAAAAGUCCCUGCAGCAAUGUUCUAACAUCUAGUGGAAAGCCUUCUCAGAAGAGUGGAGACUGUUAUAGCAGCAAAGAGGGGAACAACUCCAUAUUAAUGCCCAUGAUUUUGGAAUGAGAUAUUCGACGAGCAGGUGUCCACAUACUUUUGGUCAUGUAGUGUACGUUUGGCACAAGUUAGAUUGAUAAAAUAUAUGUUUUUUAUGUACAAUUCUUGGCACUAGUGUGCCUUAGUUGUCUGUGCAUAUUUGCUUAAUUCUGUUUACUCUUCAAAAAUACAUGAAACCAUUCACAUUGUC